AUGUCUUCAGGGAGUAUACUUGGCGACUUCCCAAGAACCAGAUGUGACCACAGAGAGAGUCGUGACAAACAGGUCUCCCAGCUCCAUCUCCUGCCUCAUCUGCCAAGCCCCUCAGAAGUCAAGCUUCAUUACAGUCAGGAGUCACUGCUACCUGUCUGUGCAGAGACCUGUUUGCUGUCCACUACUGUGUCUUCAUUAGAGGCCCUGGCGACCCCUUCGUGCCCCCAUUGCCAGCUGGCCUUCCAGCCUCCAGUGCCAGCUCCCCAGCCAGCCACCCCAGUACCAGUUCCUGUGCCGUGUCCUCAGUUGGCUUCCACACUUUCACCAGUUUCAGCUCCUGGUUCUCCAUCAGCGCUCAGGCUGGCACCAACUCCUGGUUCAACAUCGGCACCCCGGCCAUUGUCAACUGCUGGUCCAACAUCAGUGGCCUGGAUGAUGCCAGCUCCUGUGUUAGGGGGUAGUCUUUCAGACCUGAGCCCCUGUGUUUGGCCUCCAAGUGGUCCCCCUGAAGUGUUUGCAUUGUGUUGUCAGCCUCUUGGAUGCCCCCGAAACUGUGACUCUCAAUUGUAG